ACUUUUGUGAGGUUUAUUGCGGUUUCUUACGAUACCUGAGAAAACUAGAGAGAGAGAGAGAGAAAGAGAAAGAAAGUGGGAUUGUUGGGAAGGCAAGAAGGGUUCAUCGUUUCUUCAUCGCCUCAAUUCUAACCCAUCUUCUGCUACUCUUUCUUCCUUCUCUCCGAUUCUCCAAUCAACCCAGUUAAGUUAACCCAACAUGGCCACGGCUGGAAACAAGAGUAUCAACGCUAAAUUGGUACUUCUAGGUGAUGUUGGUACAGGAAAAUCUAGCUUGGUGUUGAGAUUCGUGAAAGGACAAUUUAUUGAAUUUCAGGAAUCUACCAUUGGCGCUGCUUUCUUCUCACAAACGUUGGCUGUAGAUGAUGCGAAUGUUAAAUUUGAAAUAUGGGAUACGGCUGGUCAAGAGAGAUACCAUAGUCUUGCUCCAAUGUACUAUAGAGGAGCAGCAGCUGCUAUAGUUGUGUAUGAUAUCACGAACCAAGCCUCAUUUGAUCGUGCAAAGAAAUGGGUCCAAGAGCUUCAUUCUCAAGGUAAUUCAAACAUGGUCACUGCACUUGCUGGGAACAAGGCGGAUUUGUUGGAUGCAAGAACUGUUUCAACUGAGGAAGCAAAAGCUUAUGCACAAAAGAAUGGACUAUUCUUCAUGGAAACCUCGGCCAAAAAUGCCUCCAAUGUCAAUGACAUCUUCAAUGAAAUAGCGAAGAGACUUCCACGUCUGCAGCCUUCACCAAACCCUUCAGGGAUGGUUCUUGUGGACAGGCCAGCAGGGGCAGCAGCAGAUAGACCAGCAACAGCUUCUUGCUGCUCUUAAACCAUUUUUAUUAUACCUUUCAUCAUGCUCUGGUUUUCCUGAAUGUGUGAAUAUUCAGAUUUAUUGUGAACUUAUUUCUGAUGUUUAAUUGUUUGACAUUUGCAUAACAUGUUAUGUGAAAUUUGGCAAUUAUUCGGGAUACCCCAGACACAUGUACUAUAAAGUGUGGAAGCAUUUAUUUGUUUUACUUAAA